AUGACGGACCUCUUCGUCGAUAUCGUGACCCCCAAUGGCCGUCGCUACAAACAGCCCACCGGUCUCUUCAUCAACAAUGAAUUCGUCCCUGCGUCCGGAGGCGAGACCAUCACCUCGCUCGACCCAGCAACCGACCAACCCAUCACCACCGUCCACGCCGCCAGCCCAGCCGACAUCGACCGUGCCGUGCACGCCGCCCGCGCCGCCCUCGUCCACCCGUCCUGGAAAGGCCUCCCCGCCACCGACCGUGGCAUCCUCAUGACCAAGCUCGCCGCGCUCAUGGACCAGCACCGCGAGCUACUCGCCUCCAUCGAGGCCUGGGAUAACGGCAAACCCUACCACGUCGCCCGCGACGAGGACCUCACCGAGGCCAUCACGACCAUCCGCUACUACGCCGGCUGGGCCGACAAGGUGGCGGGCCAGACGCUGUACCCCACGCCGCGCAAGCUCGCCUACACGCUGCGCCAGCCCAUUGGCGUCGUCGCCCAGAUCAUCCCCUGGAACUACCCGCUGUCGAUGGCGGCGUGGAAGCUGGGGCCCGCGCUCGCGUGCGGGAACACGGUCGUGCUCAAGCCCGCCGAGCAGACGCCGCUGAGCGCGCUGGUGCUGGCCACGCUGAUCAAGGCGGCCGGCUUCCCGCCGGGCGUGGUGAACAUCACGAACGGGUCCGGGCGCACGGCGGGCGCCGCGCUCGCCGCCCACCCGCUCGUCGAUAAGGUCGCGUUCACGGGUUCGACGCAGACGGGGCGGGAGAUCAUGAAGAUGGCCGCGGGCACGCUGAAGGAUAUCACGCUGGAGACGGGCGGGAAGUCGCCGCUGCUGGUCUUUGCCGACGCCGACCUCGACCAGGCCGUCAAGUGGGCGCAUUUCGGCAUCAUGGCGAACCAGGGCCAGAUCUGCACCGCCACGUCGCGCGUCUAUGUCCAGCGGGCCAUCUUCGAGCCCUUCCUGGAGCGAUACCAGCGGACGGUCGAAACCACCUCCGUCGUCGGCGACCAGUGGGACGAGUCAACCUUCCAGGGCCCGCAGGUGACGCGCGCGCAGUACGAGCGCGUCCUGUCGCACAUUGCGAAGGCGAAGGCGCAGGGCGCGCGGCUGGUCAUGGGGGGCGGCGCGUAUGUGCCGCGCGACCGCAAGAACCGCGCCGGCUACUUUGUGCAGCCGACCGUGUUCACGGGGACGACGGAGGCGAUGGAGAUCGUGCGGGAAGAGGUGUUUGGGCCCGUGGUGGUGAUCGAGCCGUUUGACUCGGAGGAAGAGGCUCUCCGCCGGGCGAACGACACGAUCUAUGGGCUGGGCGCGGCGGUGUUCACGCGGGAUCUCGAGCGGGCCCACCGGGUUGCGGCGGAGAUUGACUCGGGCAUGGUCUGGAUUAACAGUAGUCAGGACUGCGAUGCGCGGGUGCCGUUUGGGGGCGUCAAGCAGAGUGGGAUUGGACGGGAGCUGGGGGAGGCCGGGUUGGCCGCGUAUAGUCGGAUUAAAGCCGUGCAUGUUAAUAUGGGGAGUAAGCUAUAG